CCAGGUGUAAUGGAGCCAUCCCCGCGGCCAAGUCGAAGGAGGAAGCAUCGGUUCGGCUCAAGCUCGCGGAGACACGCGAGCGUUUUGGGAAGCUGUUCACGGACAAAGCCUGUGAACACCUGGCUGAAACGUCGCCAUCGUAUCGUUCCAUGCAUGACGGCUACCUCUGAGUGGGAGAGGGAGAUGCUCUCUUCAAUCCCAGGGCAAGCACUGCGACUCAGCCAACAAGAACAAUGAAACGAAGCGUCUGGCGCAUAGCGCCUCUCCUACUCUUCGCUUUCUUCGUCUUCCUCGCCCUUUGUACGGCACGGGAGGAGGCGCCGCAAGAUGGGUCAUCAUCACUUACAGAGCGACCGUCGACGUCGGAGUCUGCCAAGUGGGAGGCGGCAAGCUAUGGAGAGGAGCAACCCCAGCGUGUCAUGGCGGAAAAGGUGGAAGAAGCGAUAGGUAUGCUGCGCAAAGUCAAGCCACCGAUAUCAUCAAAGCUGGCUCGCUAUACACGAAAACCGAAAGGCUUCUGGGGCAGUAGUGCCUACUAUGCUAAGGAAGCGUUUUUCCUACUCUUCAUGAAUGCGCCAAGACAGGAUAAACUCCUGACGACAUCCACUUCCCAAACGCCAAAGCUGAUCCAGCCGCUGUCGCGAGCGGUCAAACUACUCCAAGAUGCCGCGAAGGACGGUGACCCCGACGCCGUCUUCCUGCUGGCGGAGAUGCACUUCUACGGCAAUUUUACGCAUCCAACGUCCUACCCAAAAGCUUUCAGAUAUUACAAGCAGCUUGCAGACCUUACCGGCAAUAGUACUGCUCAAUACAUGCUAGGAUUCAUGUACGCCACCGGACUCAACCCGGAAGUACCCGCGGAUCAGGCAAGAAGUAUGCUCUAUCAUACCUUCGCUGCCGAGCAGGACGAUACCAGAAGUCAAAUGACAUUGGCGUACCGACAUCACGCUGGCAUAGCAACACCGCGCAACUGCGACGAGGCAGUCCAUUGGUACAAGAAAGUGGCUGAUAAAGCGAUCUCCUACUACAGGAGUGGUCCACCAGGCGGUCAUGUUCUGUCGCGUGACGCCUACAGGCUGGCAGACGAGGCAGGUGGCGUGUACGGCGAAGGCGCAAGCGUGACUUCUGCCGGUAUCCAUGCCAAACAGGGCGGCCCAACAAGCGAUGCCUAUGCCAAUAUCGAAGAUGUGCUCGAAUACCUGCACUUGCAGUCGUCGAAAGGCGACCUAAAGGCGACGCUGGGUCUUGCUCGUCUUCAUUAUGAUGGCGCUCGCGGCUUGAAGCGCAAUCUCCGUCUGGCCAAGCAGUACUUUCUGCAAGUGGCUCGCGAACACUGGCUCGAGAGCGGCAAAGUCCGGAAAGAUGUACCGCCGGGCACCGAGAAACUGGCGUCCAAGGCUGCUGGCUACCUUGGACGUAUGUUCUUGCGCGGCGAAGGCAUGGAGCAGAGUGCCGCCAAAGCUCGCAUCUGGUUCACGCGGGGUCUCUCGAAUGGUGAUGCCUUGUGCCAGUAUAGCCUCGGGCUUAUGUAUCUGCACGGGUUUGAGGUGCCGCAAGAUACGGCCAAAGCAGCAGAGUUCUUCGCCGCAGCUGCCGAUCAGGACUUGGCAGUCGCGCAGACCAACUUAGGCAUGCUGUUUCUGGAUCAAGGCGAUCCGCAAACCGCAACCAAGUACUUCGAACUGGCGGCGCGGAACAGUCACAUCGAGGCGUUUUACUACCUUGCGGAGAUCAGUAACCAGGCCGUUGGUCGAGACAGAUCCUGCGGUAUGGCGGGCAAUUUCUACAAAAUCGUCGCGGAGAAAGCUGAACCCAUCUGGAGUUCUCUCGGUGAAGCCAACGAGGCGCACGAAGAGGGCAACACGCAGAAGGCAUUGGUAUAUUACCUCAUGGCCGCGGAGCAAGGCAGCGAAAGCGCUCAAGCGAACGUGGCGUGGAUCCUAGAUCAGACCAAGCCCAAGUGGAGCCCUAUUACUUGGAUCCUGUCACUCUCGCAGACAGCCAAGGCAGCUGUAGCUGACGCUUUGUUGGCGCUGACAUACUGGACACGUUCUGCAAAACAGCAGAACAUUGAUAGCCUAGUGAAAAUGGGCGACUAUUACUUAGCAGGUCUUGGCACAGUUAUCUCCGCCGAGAACGCCGCAGCUUGCUACCAGGCGGCGGCUGAAAGCAUGCAAUCUGCGCAAGCAAUGUGGAACCUAGGCUGGAUGCACGAGAAUGGUAUCGGCAUUGAGCAAGACUUUCACUUGGCAAAGCGAUACUAUGACCAAGCCCUCGAGACGAACAAAGAAGCGUAUCUGCCCGUCAAGCUGAGCUUGUUCAAGCUCCGAUGGCGCAGCUGGUGGAACGACAUAACGCACGGUGGCAUUAAAUCAAUGAGUUCUGGCGAAGACGAAGCACAGCGAAAGCGGAGAACCUUUACCGAGUGGCUAAAUGACUUCCUCGAAGCAGACGCGCAGAUGUAUGCGCAAGAGAUGGAGGAAGCGGAUGACUGGGGUGAUGGACAUGGAGCCGAGAGCGGCAUGCCGGGCGACGAGUUCUGGGGCGCCGAAGGCCAGAUCGACGACGGCGUGAUGGAGACGCUAUUGAUCUGCGGGCUGGUCGCUGCGCUGGGAUGGCUGAUCUAUUACCGCCAGCAGCAGCAGCGGGCUGCAGAACAGCGAAGACGUGAGGGGGUGGAGCAAGGUCAUGCUGCAGGAGGUGCGGUUCUCGCAGAAGCGCAGCAACCGGCCCCCGCGCCGCCUGCGCCAGGUCAGCAACCCGACGGAGGUUUCUUUCCGCAGCCUGGAGAUCCUAAUUGGAAUGCUUGGAUAGCUGGAGGUGUUGGGCACUAGCCUUUCGAAUGUACUAUGCUUUUGUAUACACAAGCCCUUCUAGACGGAUUGCUCUAGUCGCUCAUUAUAACCUUUACAGGAGCCAUGUCCACCUCCGCAUUUGAGACGGCCCGGUCAGCCAAUGGCGUGUAUC